CCUCUUUUUUUUGGUGAACACGCUCACACUCCAGCUGUCUGUCUCUACACUCUCUCCCUCUCAUACUGAAGAGGCAGAACAAGGCAGUAGAAGAAGACGCAGGGCUAGAGACGAGCAACAGAAAGCAAAAGAAGCCGGAACUGAAGAGGAGUGUAGAAGAAGAGAGCCAUUUAAAAAGUGAAAUCCAAGGCCAAGGCCAGAAGAAAGUUCUUGAGGGGGGAAGUGUCCUAUCCCAGAUUCGCACCUUGGAUUAAAGUCGUUGUUCUCAUCCUUACCAUAUAGACCCUGCAGCGUGUACCAGUGCAUGUCUGUGUAUGACACAUUGCUUGUACAUUUUCUUUGAGCUCCAAAGAGGCAGGUGAAAGUGUCUCUGCGUGAAGAUGUGGUCCGUAUGUGUUUCGUUUUUGUGUGUAUGUGUUUUUGUGCUCCUCCGCCAAGCUAUUUCACAGCCACCCACAGAAAGUAACACCUACACGGAGUGCACAGAUGGCUACUUCUGGGAUCCACAUACUCAGCACUGCAAAGACAUAAAUGAAUGUGAAACUAUCCCAGAGGCAUGUAAGGGUGAGAUGAAGUGCUUCAACCAUUAUGGUGGCUACUUGUGUCUCCCACGCUCUGCCUCAGUAAUCCCUGCCCCUGAUCCACCCAACCAAAUCCCUUCUGGUGUGAGCAACACCUCAAGUGAGCCCUGUCCCACUGGCUAUGAGGCUCAUGGAGACAGCUGCGUGGAUGUGGAUGAGUGUCAACGGGAUGAACAUGACUGCCAGCCCAGUCAGGAGUGCAUCAAUACAGAGGGCUCGUUCACUUGCCAGUGCCCGAAUGGAUACCGCAAAGUGGGACCAGAGUGCAUUGACAUUGAUGAGUGUCGGUACCGGUACUGCCAGCACCGCUGUGUUAACGUGCCCGGCUCUUUCUCCUGCCAGUGCGAGCCUGGCUUCCAGCUGGCAGGCAACAAUCGCUCCUGCAUUGACGUGGACGAGUGCAACAUGGGCGCCCCCUGUAGUCAGAGGUGUUAUAACACCUAUGGGACUUUCCUUUGCCGCUGUGAGCAGGGGUACGAGCUGGGGUCAGAUGGAUUCACCUGCAAGGACAUAGAUGAGUGUAGUUUCUCUAGUUACCUUUGUCAGCACCAGUGUGUAAACGAGCCUGGCAAAUUCUCAUGUUUCUGCCCAGAAGGCUACCAGCUCCUCGGGACUCGUCUCUGCCAAGAUAUAAAUGAAUGUGAGACCGGCGCGCAUCAGUGCACUGAAAGCCAGACGUGUGUGAACAUUCAUGGCGGUCAUCAGUGCUUUGACACGGAUCGUUGUAAGGAGCCCUACGCUCAAGUAUCAAAUAAUCGCUGCGUGUGUCCAGUCUCUAAACCUGACUGUCGGGACUUGCCCUUCUCCAUUGUGCACCGUUAUAUGAGCAUCACCUCAGAGCGGUCGGUCCCCUCUGACAUCUUCCAGAUCCAGGCCACAAGUGUCUACCCUGGAGCCUACAACACCUUUCGCAUUCGCUCUGGAGAUGACAAUGGAGACUUCUACAUCAGGCAAAUCAACAAUAUCAGUGCUAUGCUGGUGCUAGCCCGUGCGGUGACUGGACCCAAAGAGUAUGUCCUGGACUUGGAGAUGGUUUCGGCCAACCCCCUCAUGAGCUACCAGACUAGUUCUGCUCUCCGUUUAUCAGUCUAUGUGGGGCCUUAUACUUUCUAAAUUAGAGUUAUAUUUAGAGCAGGGAGGGAGAGAAGGGCUAGCAAAUAAAAAAAAGUGGCAGUGAAUUGCGGACAACAUAUCCAUCGAGGAUGAGGUUGGACUGAAUUGAAGAUACUGGCAUAAUUAGCAGAACAUCUCAAGUUUGCUGGAAAAGCAAUGCCAUGGUAUCUCAAAAGAAAUCAAAACAAACUAUACACCUACUACUUCACAACUGAUGCUGGUCUUACAGACAGAUAAUAUAAUUGCAGACCUAGCCAUAUGGUUUUACUAUAUUGUGUAUGAAUACCAAAAAACGAAAAAGAAAACUGCACUACAAUUUCCAAAUCUGCUGUACAAUUCAUAUAGAAUUUACUUUAGGCCUUUCUCAUACCUCUCUUGUCAUCCAUGCUUAUUUUUAAGAUAUCUUUUUUUAUAAUUUUUUUUUUAUUUGAGAAUGUGUUUUCUUCCUAUGUUUGCGUCCUAACACAAAUUCAUUCCACUGAUUAUUUUUCGCCACAGCCCUCGCUGAUGGCCCAUGCAUCCCGCCCCUGGUUCGUCAGAUAUAUGUAGCAGUUUUAGUGUACAAUUAAUAUAUGCAGUUCUGCCUACUUCUUUCUGUGCAUUGUGUGCGAUUACUAUUCUUCAGUAACCACUCAGUCUUACGUCUACGUGUCUGUAUCUUCUUCCCUUAUGAAAGUGAUCACUAAUAUUCAGAUUAUUUGUGUAUUUGUCACACCAUGCUGUCAAUGUUGUUCUUUUAUGGUCUGGACUAUUACUGUAAUAAAUAUGAUAAUACCAUAUUA